AUGCGUGGUCGGCGCAUGGGUGAUGAGUUGCAUCCAAGGAAGAGCCUGGAAGUGGUGUCUGCCUGGUCCUCCAGCUGCUCGCCUUCAACGCCAAGUAGUCGCCUAUCCAGCCGUCGGGAAUCAGUUGCUAAAAAACUUGGUAUUAGCAAGGCCCUCUCCUCAGAAGUCGAUGGAAGAGGAGAUCAGGGCAGUUAUCGGCACAUGGCCUCGGAUAAACGACGACAAUCUAGGCCAGCUGUCGAGAUGGCUGCGGAUCUACAACAGCAGCAGACCAACCGGCCCUUCCGCCGAGACUACACAAUCGACGCAAAAACGGAUCAACUCUUUCAGGCCUUCCUCCAGCACGACCCCAGUCUAGACAAGACCUGUAUUCCAUAA